UGAGUUAAGGUUAGCGGUGGGGUGUGUCUUCAAGUCUGUCGUGCAUGCAUUUUAUGCAUCUGUUGCUUUGCAUGCACUCACACACACUCUCUCUCCUCUCUCUCUCUCUCUCUCUUUCUUUCUCUCUUCACACACGUUUUCUCUCUCUAAAACCCAGGUCAAUUCCCAUUACCUUUGUCUCUGUUAUUUUUCAUUCUAUGUUUCUUCUUCACCUCAUUGCUCAUGUAACAUAUGAUGUUUAUUAUGGAUGUAGAGAUUUGACAUCAACUAGACCAAAUUUGGGUUCUUUUUACUUCAUGUUAACGACCCAUUACUAGGUUUUCUUUUGGGGGUAAGUCAAAGUUGAAAUUUUGGAAUUUGGAUUUAUGGGUUCUGACAUUGGCAUCGUAAAUGGUUCGUGUGUUCAUGAAUGGAAGAAGGGUUGGCCUCUACGAUCUGGUGGAUUCGUUCAACUUUGCUUCAAGUGCGGAUUUAUGGAGGAAUGGAAGUGUGACAUCAUGGACUCAUUAUCUGCCUUUGAGAAUACAGUUUUCUGUAAUAAAUUCCAUCGCCAACAAACCGGUUGGCGUGAGUGUAACUUUUGCAACAAGCCUAUCCACUGUGGAUGUGUAGUAUCCAGAUCUUUGUUCGAGUAUCUCGACUUUGGCGGUAUAGGUUGUGUUAGCUGUGUAAAUAGUCCCCAACUUAAUAUGAUGAGGAACACCGAAAAUCCUAACUGGUCUGUUUCAUUGACCCAAAAUAAUGCAAGGGAUAUGCAUUCUGCUCAUUUUGAUGGCAGAAUGUUUGUCGGUAACAAUGUUGAUGAAGGAAAACUCAUGCAACUAUGCAGAGUUGUUGAAGCUAGUGAAUCCAUCCGCUCAAAUCAUCCUCCGAGAGAUGGUGUGAUUUCAUGUAACGGGAAAAACAAUCAAGAAGUUAAGCAUUCAUUCAGGGAAGGGGAUGCUGGAUUUUCAAAUACGAUGAAACCAUCUGUUCAGUCAUUAACUUUUGCUACAUUAGAAAAUAAUCUACCAACAUGGGAGAUUAAAAACAUGCAUGAAUCAAACGUGAAGCCGUCUUUGAAUAUGUGUUUGGGAAAUCCAUCGGGGAGCAACUUUUUCCCACCUUCUACUGGAGAGAAUAUAGAAGGAAGACUUGAGGGAAAAAUAACUCCUCCCUUUCAUCAAGGGCCGAGAUCUCGCCCUAUAUUGCCUAAAUUGUUGAAGACUGGUCUUACCAUGAAUGUCGAAACUGAAAAAGGGAUGGUUUCUCAAUCACGUAUUGCUCGGCCUCCUGCUGACGGGAGGGGCAAGAGUCAAUUACUUCCUAGAUACUGGCCUAGGAUUACUGAUCAGGAGCUCGAGCGAUUGUCUGGAGAUUUGAAGUCCACUGUAGUGCCAUUGUUUGAGAAAGUGUUAAGUGCCAGUGAUGCAGGUCGGAUUGGUCGGCUAGUUCUCCCAAAAGCCUGUGCUGAGGCUUAUUUUCCUCCUAUUUCACAUUCUGAAGGUCUUCCUUUGCGUGUCCAAGACGUGAAGGGGAAUGAAUGGACUUUUCAGUUCAGAUUUUGGCCUAAUAACAACAGCAGGAUGUAUGUAUUGGAGGGUGUGACUCCUUGCAUACAGUCCAUGGAUUUACGCGCUGGUGAUACUGUCACAUUUAGUCGGAUAGAUCCUGGGGAAAAACUUGUUAUGGGUUUCAGAAAGGCAACAAAUUCUAUAGAUGCACAGGAUGCUUCUACAUCUGCACAUUCUAAUGGCAUUUCAGCCAAGGGAGCCACCUUUUCUGGUGGACCUGAGAAUCUUCCGUCCGAAAGUAAUUGUGCCGAUCUACUCCGUCCAACAAAAGGGAACGGUGAACUUCACUUAAAUGGACAUCCAGAACCUAUGCAUUUGGGUACCGGAGCUGCUAGUUUGCUUAAAACUGAAAAUGGCGACAUGACAAACAAUAACUCACUGGAUCAAAAAAUUUCGGCUUUAGAGAAGAAGAGGACUCGAAAUAUUGGCCUUAAAAGUAAGAGAUUGAUCAUUGGCAAUGAUGAUGCUAUGGAGUUGACACUUACAUGGGAAGAAGCGCAGGACUUGCUUCGUCCGCCACCUAGUGUCAAGCCAAGUAUUGUCAUGAUUGAGGAUCAAGUAUUUGAAGAAUAUGAUGAACCCCCGGUUUUUGGAAAGAGAACAAUAUUCAGCGGCAGUUCAUCUGGGGGGAAGGAACAAUGGGCUCAAUGUGAUGAUUGCUCUAAAUGGAGGAAGUUGCCAGUUGAUGUUCUUCUUCCUCCCAAGUGGUCAUGUUCUGAAAAUGUUUGGGAUACAAGCAGAUCUUCAUGUUCUGCACCAGAUGAGCUGAGCCCAAGAGAAUUAGAAAAUCUUUUGAAAACCAGCAAAGAUUUUAAGAAGCGGCGAAUUGUAGAAAACAGCAAGUUGAUCCAAGAACAUGAGCCUUCUGGCUUAGAUGCUCUUGCCAGCGUAGCAGUUUUAGGGGAAAAUCUCAUCGAUCCUGCUGAUUCCUCAGCUGGAGCCACCACUAAACAUCCCAGACACCGUCCUGGCUGCUCUUGUAUCGUGUGCAUUCAGCCCCCAAGUGGAAAAGGGAGACACAAGCCAACAUGUACAUGCAAUGUGUGCACGACGGUGAAGCGUCGGUUCAAAACCCUAAUGCUACGUAAGAAGAAACGCCAAUCGGAACGUGAAGCAGAUGCUGCCGCCAAGAAAGAUCUCAUUCGCAAAAGAGACGAGUCAGAUACCAACGGAGCAUCGAGACAUAAAGCAAAAAGUUCUUUUGAAAAAGAGGGAGGACUAAAUAGAGGCAAAGCCGAGGUUGGCGAGUCAAGUGCUGGACAGAUAGACCUGAAUUGUCAUCCCAAUCGCGAAGACUCGCAAGUGGAUAAUAACGCGAAACUUAGCAUGUCCAGUCAUCAUCUUGAAAAUAUGAACCAAAAUGGUGGUCUCACUCAAUCUAAUGGUGAAAGUAAGAGAAACUUAUCUGAUGAAAGAUGCAUUGCAUCCAUUGUCUGGAACAAAGAAAGAAGAGAUGAAGUAUACAAAAACUCAAAUGAAAGUCAAAACAAUAUGUCUUAGACAAUUAUUUUUUUCCUUUGUUUGAUCUUUGAAUUUUAUACUUUUUUUCCCUUGUAUUCAUAUAGUAUAUAUUUUGCUCUUUUUCAAAAGGGUUGUCAAAGAUAGUUAUUUCUUGUCAAGAAUGUAACAUGUUCUCCUUUUAUCUUCAUAGUAUUUUUUCCUUCUUGGAAUA